AUGACCAACCCCACUCGCAACGUAAACUUGUACUCAAAGGCCGACUUAAACGCUUUACUUGGCAAUAGCUCGGGCGAUUGGACUAGAUAUCUUCCUCCUCCGUCUCUCGAACGUCGCGUGCCUUCAACCAAGCCAAUCUGUAUGACAGAAGACGCGUCCAAAUUCCAUUUGAACAUGGCUUUCAACCGCGAUGGACCGGAGAGGGAUCAAAACGUUCGGUUCACUUGUGGAGUUGGCCCCAAGACGUUGCCUCCUACGGUCCAAGGUCCCAAACUGAUCGCUUCAGAUAUCUCGGACGAUGCAGACCGCUCGGAAUGGAGACAACAUUGGAGAAAAUGGGCGUUCCCUUUACGAACGGACGCUCCACGCGGCUUAACUUGGGGCCCUUACUAUGUGAGGCCGAUGGCAUCAUUGAAACGAUCAGCCGAAGAUGUCACUUUAUCAAAAGAGCCAAAACGACAAAGGAUCUUUGCCAUCUUACGAUCACCUCGAGAACCCCUUGUGAUCAAGCUGAAGAUCAAUCAGAACCCAUCAGCAUCAAUUGGAAAGGAUUCAAAGAUAUUCCAAGAUCAAGAACCGAUCCCACAUUCUUCUGGGCCUGUAAAGCGUGGUCGUAGCGGGUCAUCAAUCCUCGCUGAUGUUGGACAGCGCCAGCCAAAACGUCACUGCAAUACUGAAGUGGCACCCUCACCAACACGCGUGGUCGAUGGACCGAGGAGGAGGGACAUGGAUGGCCGGGAGAUUUUCACGACCUCAUAUCAACUUGCGAACUCUUCAGGACUCGCCUGCGACGAUAGCCGGAAAGAACUCGUCAACGUAAUGCUAUCUCCCUCUAAGGAAACUCCUUUGAUAAAAAGUCGGAUCAAGCUCUGUAUCUCUAGUCAAUUGAAAUACGCUUCAUGA